ACAUACUGUGUAUAAAAGUGAGACGAUGCAGAUGCUUCUGAAUCAAUCAUUCACCUUUCAUAUUAUCAACUUUUAAAAUGUCGGUCACUACGGCCACAUCGGGAGCUCUGAUCUUCUCGGGAGCUUCUCUAUUAGUUUCUUUAUUUGCUGCUGCCUCAAUUUAUUCACAAGUCAGUUCUAUUUGGACUGAGCUGGAUAAUGAAAUUGAUAGCUUCAAAUUGCUCACCAAUGACAUCUGGGGUGACAUGAUAAACUUGGGAGCUGGUUCUGCUUCGAAUCGUAUCCGUCGUCAAGCCUAUGGUGGAUACGGGGCUACUGGAACUAAUGCUCCAGAACCACAAUUCCCACAAGGAGACAAGGGACCACUUCCAGUUCCUGGACUUCCAUUUGGACCAAAUGUUUCUGGUGGAAGUGAUCGAUGCCAGUGUACUGUGGAGAAUACUUGCCCAACAGGACCAGACGGAGAAGAAGGAGAACAAGGUCCAGAUGGACAAGAUGGAGUGGAUGGAGUACCUGGAUUUGAUGGACAAGAUUGCCCAGAUGUUGAGCAACAACCAUCCCAAGGAUGCUUCACCUGCCCACAAGGCCUUCCAGGACCACAAGGAUCGCAGGGAGCUCCAGGAAUUCGGGGAAUGCGUGGAGCUCGUGGGCAGCCAGGAUAUCCAGGAAGAGAUGGUCAGCCAGGCAUGCCUGGAGAGAUGGGACCGACUGGAGCCCCAGGAGAUGAUGGUGCUCCAGGAGCUUCUGGAAUGAAGGGAGACGAUGCAGAGAAACCAGUUGGCAGACAAGGACAACGUGGACAACCAGGAGAGCAAGGACCGGAUGGUGAAGAAGGACCAGCAGGAAAAGACGCAUUCGAAGGACCUCCAGGUGUUGAAGGAGAGGUCGGAGUUCCAGGAUACCAAGGAUCUGCCGGACCAGAUGGAGAGGAAGGACCACGUGGACCAUCUGGACUUCCAGGAAAGGAUGCUGAGUACUGUAAGUGCCCAACGCGUGACGACGGAGGCAACAGCCACAGAGCAUGGCGCCGUAAGCACAAGAGAGUCUACUAGACGACAACAGAUAGUUUUAUAUCUAACUUUAAAUUUUAAUUUCGCUGAUGAUAAUAAUAAAAAGUUAUAUCGG